AUGUCGUUCCGAGUGGGAAGUACCAACUGUGAGAAGGGCGGCCAGCUCUUCACUGCAGACAAGGUUUUAGUGAACGAGAACUACAAUGGCAAUUUUUCCUGGGACUACGACAUCGCAGUCGUCAAGCUCAGCAAGCCCAUCAAAUUCAGCAAAAAUGUCAAGCCCAUUAAGCUCGGAACUACAAGCCUCAAGCCGACGACUAAGGUUGUGAUAGCGGGAUGGGGACCAGAGUCACAAUCUGAAGACAAGUCGAUGACCUUGCGUACAGCUAAAGUGACAGUGUACGACUGGAAGAAAUGUGAAGCGACGUACUCCUCUAAACUGACACAGAGACUAAUGUGUACAUACGACACAAAUGUUGGUCCCUGUGCUUCUGACUUCGGAGAUCCUCUGGUGUACAAGAAUGCAGUGUACGGACUGUUCGCCGGUGGUUACAAAUGUCUCACUGACCCCGUUCUGCACGUGAAUGUGCCCGUAUUGGUCGAUUGGACAUCGGUCUGGACUGUUACAGUAACCAAGAAGUUGGAGGAGAAAGCGGCAGAUGGACUGGUAACGGUGGUCGCUAACUCUUGA